AUGGAUGAAAUAUUCAACCACAGCGGAGCGCUCAAUCGAAGUUCGCCUGGCGAUGAGAAAUUCAGUUUCGAAGACAUCGACGUGAGCGCGGACUGCACCUUCAUCCUGAGGAUACUCAUCUCCGUGGUGUACUCCGUAGUUUGCGCAAUGGGUUUGGUGGGGAAUCUGCUCGUUUUCUUCCUCAUGAGGUUACGACAAGGUCGAAAGAGGUCCACCAUUAAUUUUUUCAUCAUCAACUUGGCGGUGACAGACUUCCAGUUCGUGCUCACUCUGCCCUUCUGGGCUGUGGACACCGCGCUGGACUUCAGCUGGCCGUUUGGAGACGCCAUGUGUAAAAUCAUCCUCUCGGUCACCGUGAUGAACAUGUACGCCAGCGUGUUUUUUCUCACUGCCAUGAGUGUGACCCGCUACCUGUCUGUCGCGUCGGCCCUAAAGAAAAAGGCUUACAGGAGGUCACGGUGUGUGAAGUGGGUGUGCGCGGUGCUGUGGGUGGCGGCAACGGUGGCAACAGCUCCGACAACUAUCUUCUCCACCGUGACUGUGGUCGCUGGAGAAAAACUCUGCCUCCUUAAGUUUCCUGAAGGGCACGACUGGCUCGCCCUCUAUCACAUCCAGAAAAUACUGAUAGCGUUUGUCAUCCCGAUGCUCAUAGUGUCUGCUAAUUACCUGAUGCUCCUGCGCUUCGUCAGGCGGAGGAGCAUGGACAGCAGCAACCCGAAACGAAGAUCUAGAGUCACCAAAUCAGUCGCUAUCGUGGUUUUGUCUUUCUUCUGCUGCUGGAUGCCAAAUCACGCCAUCACCUUUUGGGGUGUCUUGGUCAAAUUUAACGCAGUCAACUGGGAUAAAUCAUAUUACAUGGUGCACACGUACGUGUUCCCGGUUACUGUGUGCUUGGCGCACGCAAACAGCUGCUUGAAUCCGGUGCUUUACUGCCUGAUGAGGCCAGAGAUCAGGAAGAUGCUCAGCGGUUUGUUUUGGAGAGUCUCCACUCCGUCCUCCAACAAGGGCUGCGCGACGCGCUCUUUUACGCACGGAGAAACGCAGGGAGUCGUGCCUCUCCAGAUCAUGGACAAUGGAGAGUACACGCUGUCCAUAAUAGACCGGAAAGGCUUAACAAGCUCCAAAAUUAUCCCAUACACCCGAUAA